AUGGAGGAACAAGAAGAUAGAAGGUACGAAGAGGUGACGGGUGAAAUUGACAGAUAUUCAACCAGAACAUCUUCAUCGAUCUUCGAAGAUAACAUAAGAUCGUUGACGCAAUCAGAGGCAGGAGAGUGUCUUCACACAUUAGGGAAAUGCGACUCCGGCCUUGGUUACGCUUAUCUGGGCCUGAACGCAUCUAACAAGGGACUGACAGAUGUCACAAUCGUACCAACGUUCAAAUACGUGUUAUACGUGAACGUUUCCGGUAAUAGGUUAACGACCGAGGCGCUUGGCGUUCUUUCGUCGAUGAAAUAUCUUCUGAUGCUUCAGGCUGACAGGAAUCAACUAUCAUCCGCGGAAUUAGAUCCUAUGCCUUAUCUUCAGAUCCUGACGUUGAACGAGAAUAAACUGGAAAGCACGCUGGGAAUUUCUCAUAAACGUCUGGAACGUUUGGAAUUAAAUCACAAUAAUAUCGAGGAAGUCACUCUGAGUCCGUACGAUCUCGAGAGUUUGAUGAUCCUCGAGCUUCGUGGAAAUGUGCUGACAACAACGAAUGGAAUCUUCUUUCCACGGCUGACGCGGCUGUAUCUCGCGGCGAAUCAAAUAGAGAAAGUGGAGGGUUUGGAGAUAUUGGUCAACCUGCAGGUUCUACAUCUCAGGAGCAAUAAAAUCUCGAGUUUGGAUGGAUUUGACUCGCGUUGUGCCAGGCUCAGUUACCUGAAUCUACGAGACAACGAGAUCACAAGAAUCUCGGAGUUGGAGAAACUGGAUUGCUUGCCGGCGUUGGAGACUCUGAUUAUUUUGGAAAAUCCGGCGACAGCUGACAGAGAGGCGGAGGAAGAAUCUGCUUAUAGACACGUUGUUUUGGCUAUGUUGCCCAACCUGGCACGAAUCGACAAGGAUCCAGUGUUGUACGAGGAAAGGAAACAGGCCAAGGAAUUUCGCAAACAAAUGCUUCGCGAUGGGACAACGUUCGUCGAUUUAGAUAUAAAUUUUUUCAGUGCUCGGUGACGUUAAUUAUAUCGUUCGUAUUCAGUAUGGAAAUG